UAAGGUUCACGGAUCGCUGGCUCGAGCGGGUAAGGUGAGAGGUCAGAGACCAAAGGUAGCAAAGCAAGAUAAGAAGAAGAAGCCUCGAGGCCGUGCCCACAAGAGCAUGCAGUACAACCGGCGAUUCGUGACCGCCGGUAAUUUAAAAAAUACUCUCUCCGUCUCAUUUGUUUUACAUAGCUAUCAUGUCUUCUUUGUUUUUUGAGACCAUUCGGUUAAUACUAUGAUGACUGAAGAAUGCUAUUUAGGGCCUUGUUUGGAUUGUUAGUCUAAAAAUGAUUGGUACAUUCAAAUACCUGUUGAUUGCUUCUAAAACUGAUAGAAGGGAGUUACUUCUAAAGCGAAACUUAUUAGAGAAAUGGUUUAAAAUUUUUUAUCCCAAAUGUUUGAUUUUACAAAUCUAGGGAUUAAACCUGUCAAUGGUUAUCAAACAACCCAAUCAAUAAUAGCCUUAACAAAUGCCUAUAAGGGCUUCCUAGGUAUCGAUUGUGGUUUCCUGUUAUAGUUAUGGCCACUGCAGUGGCUGAGUGGUGUUACUGUUGCUGGUAAUUGUGAUUAUUGUUGGGUUGGUUUCACAAACUGCUGUUUUUAGGAAUUUCAGGAGUCUUCAGAUUCCCUUCAAUUGUAAAUAGUUGAAUUAUUACCAAAAACUUAAAAGAAACAUUUGCCAUUUCCCGAGCCACUUUGCCAAACGUGCCAUAACUCAUAAGCUUUGCUAACAUGGUAACCAUGUGGAUGACAUGCCAAAUUUGGCUAGUUAAGAAUGUGGCAUAGACUUUGUAAUGAAGCAUGAAUAUCAAUUUCAGCUUUAUAAUGGGCUUUUUCUUCUUUAGAAAUUAGCCAGAUGUUUUUUUUCCCCAAGUUAUGCUUCAAUCUAGGAAAAUUAAGAUUCAAACGGAUUUUAUCAUUUCCCCAAUUAAUUCACCAGACAAAUGAAUGAACUUUUCUAGGUUGUAGCUAAAUCUGUUUGAAGUUUGAUUUUCCCAUAUUGAAGCAUCAUGAAAAUUGUAGAAUGUAAGCAACUUUUUCUGUUGGGUCAAUGAAAAUGCCAACAAUGAAUGCUUAAUCAUAAUUGGUAGCAGUAGACCAGUUUAAUGACUUGUUUGAUACAAUCAAUAUUUUGGGAUAAAAACUGAAUUUAUUACGGGGCCAAAGUUUUUAACUAAUUAUUUUGUUAUUUUGCAAAUUUGCUUUGUUCAAAUCAUUUAUCUCUAUUAUGGCAUGGUCUUUCCAAAAGGCUAUUGUAUGAUGAAAAUAGUUAUCAGAAAAACAUAAUGGAUAGCCAUGUUUGCCUUUUUAGCAUUUCAUAUUUUUUCCCCACUUCUAAUCCAACCCGAUACUUUUAAUAUAAAAAUUUUAAACUUUAACUAUUAAAAUGUCCUUUUCAUGAAGAAGCCAAAUAACAAUAUACGGUGUUAGGAGGAGUUUUAUUAUAUAAACAAAAAUUUCAAAUAAUUCAUCUCUUCAUUUAAGCAUUUGGAAUUCGUGAAAGUGUUCUUGUCUUUUAUUUCGAAAAUUAUAAAUAAUGAACAUUUAAGAGCCUUUAAUAUCUAUUACCCUGAAAAAAAUUCUAAUACUACUUUUUGGUAACGUAGAUACCUAUGAAAAGAAUACCUUUUAGCAAUUCCAUACGUUUAAUGUUCCAAGUCAAAUGCCUAAAUUAGAGUGUAGGGAAGCAAUAAUGGAAAACUAUAGAGGGAAAGAAAAAUGUAAAGUUUUAGUCUCCCUGCAGUUUUAUAAGAAUCUAUUAUUGUCCCAUUAUUAUCGCCCCAUUAUUACUUGGUAAUAAUGGUCUAUGUGGCUUUGAAAUUUUUGGGGUCCUGCAGGUAUACAUCAUUUGCAGGUUUGUUACCCCUGAUGUCAAGGGGAACACUACCAUUGGUGGAAGUGGAGGAGAUAUCAGAGACCAUCGAUUCAGAGACAUUCACAGUCCAAAAUUCCGUUCAGUUUUCUGGACCACUCACCACUACUUCUGUCAGCGCUAAUGCUAAAUUUGAACCUCGAAGUCCCCAGCGUGUGCAGAUCAAGUUCCAAGAAGGCAUCAUUGGAACUCCCCAGCUGACAGACUCUAUCGUGAUCCCAGAGAAUGUAGAAUUUCUGGGACAAAAGAUCGACCUCACCCCAUUCAGAGGCUUAAUCACCUCACUCCAGAACACUGCUUCGUCUGUUGUAAAGACCUUUUCCAACCAACCACCAUUGAAGAUCCCUAUCUCAAACACUAGUGCUGAAUCAUGGCUGCUAACUACAUACCUCGAUGAAGAACUUCAGAUCUCUAGGGGAGAUGGGGGCAGCGUAUUUGUGCUCAUCAAGGAAGGUAGCCCCCUUUUGACGCCCUAAACAAAUGAAUUUGGAUAUGCUUGUACCCCCAAGAACUAGAUGGUUUGUGUGUAGUUGUUUCCUUAAUUACUGAAAAUUACGUGUAUUUGUCAAAAUUAAAUGUUAUGUAUGUGUAAAAUCAAAAUUGGGGCUUGUUAAUUUAUUAUGUAUUUUAAUUAUCUUCCCCACUUUUUUGAUAAUCAAACAUAGAAAAAGUAAAAUCUAUUCUUCUCA